AUGCCGCAACCACAGCCGAAGAAACCGCAGAAGGGUUGGGAUCCUAUCACGUGGGGCGUAGGUACUCGGGCGGACCUAGACGAGUGGGGGAAGUGGCUGGAUGCUCAUGGAGUGAGGAGGAGUAAGAUAUUCAUAGGGAUAAAGGGCUGGGUCAUGGCUUGUGAGGACCCCGAUGGAAGGAUUGUGAGAUUAUAUGUGGAGAAUGAGGAUCACGAGUGGACGGAUCAUCCUGAUCAGGAUGAGUACUGGCUUGGAACUAUUGCGGCAAAUCCUACGCAGGACGAGUAA